GAUAUUUGGUCAGUCGGUUGCAUAUUUGCUGAAAUGAUUAAUCAUCGUGUGCUGUUUCCCGGAUUGGAUAGGGUCGACCAGUGGACGAAAAUCAUCCAAGUGAUGGGAACACCAAGCGAGGAAUUCAUUUCUAAACUUGGCAGCAGCGCGUCUGUGUAUGUGCGCUCGCUCCCACGUCAGGUUGGAAAACCAAUCGAAGAAAUAGCUCCAGAUGUGAACUUCCUAAAGAAUACGGAAAACGUUCGAGCUCAUCUAACAGGUUUGUAUUAA